GCUUCCCGCAGUGACUCUGAUGUCAAUGUAUCCGUCGGCACCUGCACCGGCCACAACAGUGUAAAGGCAGGUCUGGCUGCUGCCUCCAGGUUGAAGGAGGCAGACUGUGAACAUACUCUCAGCCCUGCAGGCAACUGACCCUCCAGCGGUUCUACUAUAACUCCAAGACCACCUUCAUCCCAGAGAAUGGAUCCACACUCCAACAACUUGAGGAAGAAGACCUCCUGGGCCAGUUUGCCUCAUGCUCCCUCUCUCUAGCUGCUGCUGAGGCUCAGUAUUCACAACUCCACCUCAUGGCUGAGUUUCAGCAUCUGUCUGUGAACUCUCUGACAAACGUUUGAUGAACCCGUCCGCCUGAAAGAGCAUUCAAAAGUCAAACCAAAGUGACCCAGGCUGCCGACUGUGAGCAGUUAGUGCGUCUGCGGUUGAGACUGUAAUCAUGGGGAAAGAACAGGAUCUGCUGGUGGCAGUGAAGAGCGGGGAUCUCCUGCUGGCUCACAAGCUUCUCUCCAAAGUCAAGUGCAACAAAACCAAGUUGCUUGGCUCGACCAAGAGGCUGAACAUCAACUACCAGGACUCAGACGGCUUCUCCGCCCUGCACCAUGCCGCUCUGACGGGUACCACGGAGCUGCUGUCCCUGCUGCUGGAGGCCCAGGCCACGGUGGACAUCAAGGACAUCAACGGCAUGCGUCCCCUCCACUAUGCAGCAUGGCAGGGUAAAGCCGACUCUGUCUUAUUGUUGCUAAGAGCCAACGCUUCAGUCAACUCCUCUUCCCAUGAUGGACAGAUACCGUUACACCUCUCCGCUCAGUAUGGACAUUAUGAGGUGUCUGAGAUGUUGCUGCAGCAUCAGUCCAACCCCUGCAUGACAAAUAAGGCGAAGAAGACUCCUCUAGAUCUGGCCUGUGAGUUUGGGAGACUAAAGGUGACUCAGUUGCUGCUGAGCAGUAACAUGGUGACGGCGCUGCUAGAAGGGGACGGAGGGCUCAACAGCCUUGACUCUCCAACCACCACCCCCCUCCACCUGGCAUCCAGGAAUGGACACAAAGACAUCAUCAAGUUGCUGCUGAAAGCUGGUAUUGACAUCAACAGAUCCACCAAAGCGGGGACAUCGCUGCAUGAAGCUGCCCUCUACGGCAAAACUGAAGUUGUGCGUCUGCUGCUUGAUGCUGGCAUCAACGUGAACAUGCGCAACACCUACAACCAGACAGCUCUGGACAUCGUCAACCAGUUCACCACUUCCACAGCCAGUAGGGAAAUCAAACAGCUGCUCAGAGAGGCAUCAAGUUCUCUACAGGUCAGGGCGGUGAAGGAUUACUGGAACCUCCACGACCCCACAGCUCUUAACCUCCGGGCUGGAGAGCUCAUUAUGGUCGUGGAGCAGCACGCAGACGGCCGGUGGAAAGGUCACGUCCAUGACACGCAGCGGGGGACGGAUCGAGUGGGAUACUUCCCGCCCUCAGUGGUGGAGGUCCUCAGCAGACGAGCAGGGGGCACUCUCAUCCGUCAAGCAUCACUGCCUUGCCACCGGCAACACUUUGCAUCCAGAGCUCCGCCCUCAAGCCAUGGCUCCACCCCUCAGUCUGACGACUCAUUCACCCUUGGCCAUGAUCCAGCAGGUGUAUCACCUGGCAGUCCUGCUAGCCCCACUCAGGACAUUUGGGUCCUCAGGAGCUCCCCCACUGGUGACAGACACAGUGUCAGCAGUGCAGGCAGUGUGGGCAGCAGUCGCAGCGCCGGUAGUGGCCAGAGCUCGGAAAGCAGCCACAAACAGAACGGGACUCGCCACAACGCUGAAACUGGCAAGCUGACUCCCUCUGCUGGUGAAUCAGGAGACCACAUCCAUCUUGCAGGAGCAGAUCGCAGCAAACAGGCUGAUGGAUCGGCAGGUGGUUCCCGCCGGCAGGUCAAUGGCACUCCUCAGAAAGGCUUCGUACGACCAGAACACCUUCUGGAGGGCAAGGACUCUGAGGCCAUCUACCAGUGGUUGUGCGAGUUCCAGUUGGAGCACUACACAUCCAAUUUCAUCAGCUCAGGAUAUGAUGUGCCCACCAUCAGCAGGAUGACCCCGGAGGACCUGACAGCCAUCGGAGUCACCAAACCUGGCCACAGAAAGAAGAUCUCUACGGAGAUUGGAAAGCUCAGUAUCCCUGAGUGGCUGCCUGAUUACAUUCCUUCCGACCUGGGGGAGUGGCUGAGUGUUAUUGGACUUCCUCAGUACCAGAAGAGAUUGUGCGACAACGGCUAUGACUCCAUCACUAUUGUCAAAGACAUCACCUGGGAGGACCUGCAGGAAAUAGGCAUCACCAAACUAGGUCAUCAGAAGAAGCUCAUGUUGGCAGUGAAGAGACUUUUUGACCUUCAGCGCUCUCGUAACAAUGCUGACCGAACCGGAGGUGGCACUCUCAGACGGAAGCCCCCUGGAGCUCUGGAGCUGGUGGCUAUCGAACACCCUCCAAUGCACAACGUGCACGCUCAUGUACGCUCUGAUGUCCCGUCUGACACCUGCUGCUCCUCCCCUUGCACCCCCAGGGCCCUCCUCUCCUUCCAGGACAGCGAGCUGAGUGCUGAGCUGCAGAGUGCCAUGAUGGGCAGGGCGGGUGGAGGAGCCGCAGAAGCAUUCUGCAUCAGGGGUGUGAGCUCCGCAGCAGCCAUGACGGCCAUGUCUGUGAGUCAGGAGAGCAUUAGUAUGCGGUCACGUGGCUCAGGGAAUUCUGGAAAUUCUGGAAAUUCUGGGCAAUCUGGGCACUCGGAGCAUUCUGGGAAUUCUGGUACUUCUGGACAUUCUAACGAGCACCAUGCCAUGCCGUCAUCCGCCAGAACAGCCAGUCGGUCUGAGGAGAGUCUGGAGAGUGGAGGAGGCGAGGAAGCAAAGCGAGGAGGAAGUAGUCCUGGAAACAGAGGUAGACAGCGACCCACCGAGAUGUGGGAUCACCAGAGUCGGUCUGCGACUCCCAACAAACUCCCCUUCUCACCUCUCACACCUCCUCUAACCCCUAGCAAAAUGCCUCGCUUUGCCUACCCAGCUGUUCCACCGAAGGCCAAACAUGUCCAGUCUAACCGCCUCUAUCAGCCCCAGCACCAGCCGUCCUCCUCACCAUCCUCUCCAUCUCCACAGCCAUCCCCCACACAGAAAGCCUUCAGUUACCUGCAGGCUCUGGCAGGAAGCGUCGGCGCGGCUCCACAGGGCCUCUCAAAGCCUCUGGCAGGGGCCAUCCCCGUGCUGGGGCCCCGGUCUGGACAGGUCCAAACUGAUGGCGCCCAGAGGGGCACGCACAAGAAACGCGCCCAAAGCCUAACACGCUACGCCCUGUCCGAUGGCGAGCCAGAUGACGACGACGACCUUGCUCCAUCUAGCUCAACUGCUUCCUCUGUAGCCAUGCCUUCCUACGCCACGUUGUCCCGCAGGCCAGGACGUGGUCACACCAGCACUACGGGGGCCCAACGGCAGAUCAACCGCAGCCAUUCUUUCGCUGUGCGCUCCCGACGCAAAGGGCCGCCCCCGCCUCCACCGAAGAGGAUGAGCUCAGUAAGCGGCAGCCCACCAUGCCAACCAGGAAACUGGAAAGCGGUGGAGCCAGAGGGGAUGGGAAGCGUGGAGAUUGAGAGCGUUGGCAGUGUGAGGAGCAUCGCAGCCAGGCUAGAAGGAAGCGGCAGCACCAGUCCAUCGAGGAGGAUAGACAUUCCACCGACCCACAUCCCCGUCACCCCUGUUUUCAGCCCUGUUUACUCUCCGAUUCAUUCUCACAUCAUCCUACAGCACACAAAACCUGUCCCCGCCUUGGGCCUAAGUGGCUUAAGGAGGACAGGAAGUGAGAGGGCAGAAGGAGACGCUGACAGACAAAGAAGCAGAACUACAGAGGGAACACCUGAAGAGAAAGAGAGAGACAGAAAAAGAGAUAGAAUAUCAAAGAGUGCUAAUGCAUCUCCAAAGCGCAGCUCAGGUGACCACCUGCCUUUCGCUGAGGAGGGUAACCUGACCAUCAAACAGCGGCCCAGGAUAGCACUUGUCCCCCAGGCAGACGUUGAUCUCAAGACUCCUCCUGAGGAUCCGCUCCAGAGCCCAAACGGCCUGGAGGUCCCCGAGUUCAACCUGAAGGAGUCUGACACAGUGAAAAGACGGCACAAGCUCAAAGACAAAGACGCAUCCACGCCAGAGGAGGCUUCCACUCCCAACAGAGGGGACCUGAGGACGCUGAGCGAUGAAGAACCUCUGAGAAGCAUUUUUCAGAGAGUUGGCUCCAUUGGAAAAGGCCCUAAGCCGCCAGUGUUUUCUAAACCAUCCAGUCCUUUGAAACAAGCCUCUAACAGCAGACCAACCACCCCACUGACACCAGCCUCUCCACAAACAGCCAUUCCUAAACUAACCAGCAUACAAAUUCAUACUGUCUCACCGAAGCUGGGUGGCAGCAUACACACACACACCUGUAUACCCAGUCCUAAAGCUGGGAAACCUCCUCAGAUGAUGGGGUCCAAGCCUGAGAGUCCACAGAAAGCUGCCGGUGUGUGUGCAUCUCCUCUAAGACUCCCUCAGCACAGCACGGCCUCGCCAUCAACAGCGAACUUCAGUAUGGGCCAUAGUGCCGGGUUCGUCGCCUCAUCCUCCCCCUCGUACUCGGCCUCGGCACUACCGGGCCUGAUCGGGAGAGCAGGAGCGGCUCAGCCCGGCGUGGCCGGUCUGGAGUUUCUGGCUCAGAAGAGGCUGGAGCAGACCAGCACGUCACUGGAGGCUGCUCUCAAAGUGGUGGAAAACAAACUGGCACAGGGGAGCAGUGUGGACAGCGGCAGCGGCACCGCGAAGGCAGCAGGAAACAUCCUGGACGACAUCAGCAACAUGUUUGACGACCUGGCCGAUCAGCUGGACGCCAUGUUGGAGUGACCCCCCGGCCUCUUUCUUCAAAGGGAGAAAACAGAGGAGAAGCACAGAGAUAGAGGAGCUCAGAGCCGCUGCAGGACUCCACAGCAUCACCCCCCCCCCCCCCCCUUUUUUUUUUUUCUCAACGCAAGCACUUCGCCCGAGGACACACACCUGGGAAUGUUACUGGAGCGAUAACCGACAGUGGCUGCAGCAUCAGCCUCCGGACAUGUGUGUAUGUUCAGUACAUUAACACUAAAAGGGAAAGAGGGUCCAUUUUAUUCACGUCACCUGUAAAUAUAUAGAUAAAUCUAUGGUGGCACUGUGUAUGUGUGUAGUCAGAUAUCUUUAUAUUGAAUAUAUUUAUACUUCUAUAUGUUUGUUUUUUAACAAAUGGCGUUCCUAUUGACUGACUUAGUGUUUAAAGCACUGGUGUGUAUUAGAAUUGUUAUAUACACUGGGUUCCAAAAGUUUCAGACCACUUUUCCAUUAUUGCUUAUUGUCAAUAAAUGGGAAAAUGUCUUUCUUGCGGUAAAAAGCAAUGUAUUCCAUUUAUGUGUAUGUAGCAGAUACGUUUUUACCAAAGUCUGGGAUCCUCUGCUAGUGGCACAUUAAGACGUUUCUUUGUGAGGAAACUUCUUUAAAAGUUCUGCUUCUCCGAGUGGUGAUUUAGGGUCUGUGGAGCUCCGCCAACCUCCCCUCAGCUCGCCUCAGGGUGCUGCGGAGAGAACUUACUGUAAAUGUGCUGUUUCCAAAGAACGGGAGAUGCUCUCCAACGCUUUCAGGGAAGGUCAACAUCCUGAACGAACACGUUCACUAUUCAAACAUGACUCAUGCACUGUGAGAGGAGGAGUGUCUAAAGAGGAGCUGAGUGUGCAGUGUGUCACGUACCACCAGAAUAUGUAAAGUCCAUUUUUAUAUUUAAAAAAAACUAUUGUAAACAGAUGAAUUUAAAUUGCAUUAAAAUGAGACACUAUCAAACUUAACAGUAAAUAUUGAUGAAAUUAUAUUUUUAUUUCCCUAGUCUUUAUUUAAAAUGGAGUAACAAAAUGUAUAUUAUAUAAUGUAAUGUAACUUUGUGUUUUAUCAUUUUGCUCAUGUGUCUGCCAAACUUAUUCCAGUGUCACUAUGCAUUAGUUUCUUGCUUUAACAUUUACAGUUUUUAUGUUAACUUAAACUUUAAACAAGAGUGUGUCUCUUUAAUAACAUCAAGAUACUUUUGAGCGAGCCCAUGCUCCUCUAACCAAUCAUAGAAGGCUCAUCGUAGGGAUGAGGAUGGGGUAACAUAUACACAAUCGCAUCUUUAUCUUUGAAGACGCAAUUGUAUCGAAGAUGCUCCUACAAAAUAAAAGUCCCCUUUUGAAUAUAAGCAAUGGCUACACGUAGACAUGUGAAGGUUAAAGCAGGAAACUUAAGAGUCUUAGAAUGAAUUAAAACGUCAAUUAGACACAGAAUAGAGGUGGAUUCUUCAGGUUUAAUUCGGCCACGUUUAUCCCAGAGAGUUGAUCUCUGCUUCCAUGUGGUUUCCUUUGCUUGCAUCCAUCGGUCCAUCUCCACUUCCUCACGCUGACAGAGAAUCCACUGCUUCUCCGUGAACCCUCCUUUAUUCCUUCAUCUCUUUGCACUCCCUGAUUUACUUUCUUGUUUUAUAACUGCUCUCAUAAACCUCUCCCCAACGUUUACCGUGAGAACAUGUAGCUGAACUGUAACAUUAUCAGGGAGUCGGAAUGUUUUCAAGCAUUUUGACACCAAGACAUUGAAGUCUUAGCACUAUCUGUUCCUCUGUUCAGUUUUAAAGGAUGCCUGUUACUUUAACUGUUAAUAGUAUUGAUAAAUAACACUGUAUCAUCCUGGAAGCCAUUAAAAAAGAGAAUUUGUAAUGGAA